UUUGAUGGUAAACUUGAUAAUGAUAUUGUUCCUCAUCUUGCUUCUUAUUUUUAUCCUUGGCUUGAUCCUCUUCUUUUUCAUUAUUUUGAUCCUAAUCUUGAUCAUGCUCUUGUUCCUCAUCUUGCUCUUUAUUUUGAUCCUCAUCUUGCUCCUUAUUUUGAUCCUGAGCUUGAUCCUCUUUUUGCUCCUUAUUUUGAUCCUAAACUUGAUCAUGAUCUUGUCCAUCAUCUUGCUCCCUAUUUUGAUCCUGAUCUUGAUCCUCAGCUUGCUCUUUAUUUUGAUCCUAAACUUGAUCAUAAUCCUGAUCCCAAAAUCUCCAAUUACCCCUAACUUGGUUCGACAUCCCCUCGUGCCUCACUUUGGCUGA